CCGCGCACUCUUCUCUUCGGUUGAACCACCGUCGCCGAUUCACGAACGAGUCGCCGUCACCGGACGAACGGGAACAAAGCAGACGAAGUCAUGGCGCAGUCGUUAAAGAUGCAGAUCUUCGCUAAGAUGCCGACUGGAGAAACCAUGACCCUCGAUGUCGAGAACAGCGACACCAUCGCCGAUGUCAAGGCCCAGAUCCAGGGCAAAGAAGGAAUCCCACCGGACCAGCAGCGCCUCGUCUUCGCGGGGAAGCAGCUCGAGGACAGCCGCGCCCUGGCUGACUACUGCAUCGAGAAGGAGUCCACGAUUCACCUCCUGCUUCGCCUGCCCGGCGGCGGGCCCUAUCCGUGGAAGUACGAGCCCAACAACAGAACCCUCGCGGAAAAGUACAACUCACUCAAGCUGAUCUGCCGCAAGUGCUAUGCUCGGUUACCUCUUGGAGCUACCAACUGUCGCAAGAAGAAGUGUGGUUAUAGCAACCAGCUGAGGCUAAAGAAGAGCUGCUACCUGAAGGGGAGGAGGCACUACUCAUAGUCAUGACAGAGCCACGGGA